AGUAACUCACAGCACCCGUGAGCUACCGUGAUCGAAGCUGUCAAACGUCGUCGAUUGACAAUUGGAAAGAAAACUUUGUUUGGUAAACAAUCAGAACACGAGCAAGUUUAGCAAGCAUUCUUCUGUAAUAAAUUGUCGUAAUGGAAUCUUCUAACCCUGCUAAAGAUCCAUUAGCAGUCGCAACCUCGCCUAUUUGUCGAAGGUGGCUGUCUACUGAUGACGAUUUGGUGUCGGUCACUUCCGACGAAAAAGUCGCAUAUCUUUUACAACAAAUAUUCGCCUGUACAAAAGUUCAGAAGAAACUAUUGGCAGAGUUUCCAUCGUGUUUGUGUUCCACCUGCAAAUCGCACUUGGAUUCGAUGGAUAUGUAUCGCUCGCUGUGCAAUUUAAGCAACGUCAAAGUCGAACUGUUUGAGGAAGAAACCGACACCAUCCAUUUGACUGCAGAGCAUUGUAACAACGACCAGCAAACCGAUGACGUUGAAUCGGUGUGGAUCAAAAGUAAAGUGGCCGCAGAAAGUGCGGAAGAGGAUUAUCAAUCGAGUCAAACGGUUUCUGAUUCACAACAAAUGAAUAGUACAUACGGUUACAAUCGAAAACGACUAAAGGCGAUUUAA